AGGGCUCAAUUCUCCAACCGCUGAAGAUGAAGAACAGCCGCUUCUACUCUCCGAUGAAGAUCGAUGAACAAAGCUCUUCUCCUGCUCGCUCUUCAUCUCCUUCCGUUGAAGAACGAAGAACGUCGAACAACACGAACAAUUUCAUCGAUUCUCCACUCCUCCAGCAGCUUGUUUCAGUUUGGGGAUCAAUACCCACUCUGAUAUCAAAUGAUAGACGACUGAGGAAACUCGAAUAAUCCGUUGGUCCUUCUUUAGCUGAACAUUAGACUGAUCCGAUAUGAGCAACAACUACACGUUCGCCAAAUGUCGUACACUUAUCACGAACAACUUUCGAACGGCAGCCACGAGUUUUUCUCCUUGGUUGUCUACUAUGGAGAUCGACGGGACACUUUACUCAAAAACGUCCUCUUUUACUAGGGAAUUGUCUGUUUUCCUUAAAAAAGCAUGUUUCUUCUCAACCCAGAUGAACAAAGAAACGUUGAACAUCUUUGAGGAGGUGACUACAAAUUUCGACUCUCACUCAACUGCACGCCGUCUGCAACAGUGUGUUGUGAAUGGAGUACCCAACACAGGAAUGAGUCUUCAUUGCGACAUUUUGAAGAAAGGGAACUGUUUGGAUUUGUUUGCCUGGAAUGUUCUCCUGAAUAUGUAUGUUAAGUUAGACCUAUUGUCCCAUGCAAUCACGCUGUUCGAUGAAAUGCCCGAGAGAAAUACCAUCUCUUUCGUGACAAUGAUUCAGGGAUAUGUGCAGUCUUUACGGUUUGUUGAGGCUUUAGAUUUGUUUCUGAGACUACAUAGAGAAGGCCACGAGCUUAAUCCAUUUGUUUUCACAACUAUUCUCAAACUGCUUGUUAGUAUGGAAUCAGCAGAGAUGUCAUGGAGGUUCCAUGCUUGUAUAUAUAAGCUUGGGCAUGUUUCCAAUACCUUUGUUGCCACUGCUCUUAUUGAUUCCUAUUCUGUUUCUGGCUUUGUUAAUGUUGCUGAGGAUGUAUUUGAUUCAAUUAUUGACAAGGACAUGGUUUCUUGGACAGGCAUGAUAGGAUGUUAUUCAGAGAAUGGUUAUUUUGAACAAGCAUUGCAGUUUUUUUCUCAAAUGAGAUGUACAGGAUUGAAGCCUAACAACUACACAUUUGCAAGUGUGAUUAAAGCUUGUCUUGGUCUUGAAGCCCAUGACAUUGCUCAAGGUGUUCAUGCAUGUACAUUGAAAAUGAACUAUGAGGUGGAUCCUUAUGUCGGACCAGCUCUUCUCGAAUUGUAUUCAAGAUGUGGAGAAGACAUGGAUGAUGUUGAGAAAGUAUUCAACGAAAUUCCCGAAAAAGAUGUAGUGUCUUGGAGUUUCAUGAUUGCAAGGUACUCGCAGAAUAACCGAAGCAACGAAGCCAUUGAGGUUUUCCGUAGAAUGCAAGGUACUCACUUUGUUCUUCCUAAUCAAUUUACUUUCACUAGCUUGUUGCAAGCUUGUGCGAAUACAAAAAAUCUUGAAUUAGGAAGCCAGAUUCAUACCUUUGUUAUGAAAGUCGGUUUAGAUUCUGUUGUGUUUGUUUCAAACGCUCUUAUGGACGUAUAUGCUAAAUGUGGUCGGAUAGAAAUAUCGAUGAAACUAUUUCGGGAAUGCACCAACACAAAUGAAGUGUCGUGGAACACGAUAAUUGUGGGUUAUGUUAGUUUGGGAGAUGGGGAAAUGGUUUUGAGCUUGUUUUUGAAUAUGCUUAGAAACCGAAUUCACCCUACCGAGGUGACCUACUCGACUGUUGUUCGUGCUUGUGCCGGAUUAGCAUCAAUGGAGACUGGUUCUCAGUUACAUUCCUUAACCGUAAAAACUUUAUAUAACCUUGACUCGAUAGUUGCUAAUUCUUUAAUCGACAUGUAUGGAAAAUGUGGUAGUAUCGUUAACGCGCAAUUGGUUUUUGACGAAAUGAACGAACAGGAUAUAGUUUCAUGGAACACAAUGAUCUCAGUUUAUUCCAUGCACGGUCGAGGGGACGAAGCGUUAAAAACCUUCGAAAGAAUGAAGAAAAUCGGUUGUAAACCGAACAAGACGACGUUUAUCGGAGUCCUUUCUGCUUGUACAAACACAGGGUUAUUAGAGAAAGGCGAAGAAUACUUUACUUCCAUGGUUAAAGACUAUAACAUCGAGCCUAGCGGAGAACACUAUACUUGUAUGGUAGGUCUAUUUGGAAGAUGUCGACUUUUCGAUAAGGCGGUUAAGUUGAUUCGAGAAAUUCCUUUCGAGCCUAACGUGUCGGUUUGGCGAGCUUUGCUUAGUUCUUGUGUUGUUCAUAAAGAGAUUGAGGUUGGCUUAGAAUGUGUGGAAAGUUUGCUUAGAAUAAUGGAUCCUGAAGACGAUGGAUCGUAUGUUUUGGUUUCGAAUAUGUAUGCUAUCGCGAAGAAAUGGGAUGAAGUGCGUUUCGUUAGGGAGAGUAUGAAAAGGAAAGGGGUGAAGAAAGAACCGGGUUUGAGUUGGAUAGAGUAUCAAGGCAUUGUUCAUUACUUUUCAGUCGGGGGGAAGAACAAUAACAACAACAAUUCAGAUUAUGAUACUAGGUUGAUUCAUGGAAUGUUGGUAUGGUUGAAAAUGAAAGUAAGCAGGGCAGGUUUUGUUCCCAAUUGUGAUGUUGUUUUGUUAGAUGUUGAUGAUAAUGAGAAAUCUAAUCUAUUGUGGAUGCAUAGCGAGAGAUUGGCUUUGGCGUUUGCAUUGGUUCGGACCCCAUCUGGAAGUCUAGUUCGGAUUAUAAAGAAUCUAAGAAUAUGUUUGGAUUGUCAUGCUGUUAUGAAGUUUGUUUCGAAGGUUGUGGACCGAGAAAUCGUUGUUAGGGAUGUAAAUCGGUUUCAUCACUUUCGCGAUGGAAUUUGCUCGUGCAAUGAUUAUUGGUAAAUUCAAAUUC